GCUCAUUAUUGAGCCGUACAGGAAGUCGCCCUUGCUCUCCGAGUCGUGUGCGGUGGUCAGCGUGUGGGUCUGGUUUCCGAUCUUUGCCGGUGAACACGGUGGAAAAAUGGCUGAUACGCUGGGACUUUUCACCUCCAUCGGCCUCAGUGAGCAGAAAGCGAAGGAGACGCUGAAGAAUGAAGCGCUGAGCGGCUCUCUGAAGGAGGCAAUAAAUCAGGCUCAGCGUGCCUGUGGGUCAUCUGGAGUGGACAAAGCCAUGGGUACAUUGCUGUACAAUCUGGCAUCUCGCCUUAAAGACACCAAACGCCUGACAUUCCUUUGUGAUUGUAUAGCUCAGUGCAAAAUCUGCUCGGAGCUACAGCUGACAGCUGCACUGGAGUUUGUGAAGAGUCACCCUCAGGACCCCAUCAACCAGAAGGAGUUUGAAGAAGCAUGUGGAAUUGGCAUGGUCAUAACACCGGAGCAGAUUGAAGAAGCCGUGGAGAAGGUGAUCAAGAAGCACAAGGAGCAGCUGUUGAAGGAGAGGUACCACUUCAACAUGGGGCUGCUAAUGGGAGAGGCACGCUCUGCCCUGAAAUGGGCCGAUGGAAAGGUCAUCAAAAAUGAAGUGGACAUGCAGGUCCUACACCUCUUAGGACCCAAGACAGAGGCUGACCUAGAGAAAAAAUCUAAGCCCCCGAAAGCAAAAGCUGCAGAGAACGAGACAAAGGCGAAGAAAGCGGAUGUGGCGGUGAAUGGUGAGGUGACACCCGGGGAGGGAAAGUCACUCAUGGAGCAGCUCAGAGGAGCAGCACUGAAGUUCCAUAAACCAGGAGAGAACUAUAAAACCGAGGGCUAUGUGGUCACACCAAACACAAUGAACCUGCUGAAAAAGCACCUGGAGUUCACUGGCGGACAGAUUCGUACUCGUUUUCCUCCUGAGCCCAACGGUAUCCUUCACAUUGGACAUGCCAAAGCUAUCAACUUCAAUUUUGGUUAUGCAAAGGCAAACAACGGGAUUUGUUUCUUGAGGUAUGAUGACACAAAUCCAGAGAAGGAGGAGGAAAAAUACUUCACUGGUAUCAGGGACAUGGUGGAGUGGCUUGGCUACAAACCGUAUGCCGUCACGCACGCAUCAGACAACUUUCAGGAACUCUACGACCUUGCCGUGGAUCUUGUUCGCAGGGGUCACGCAUACGUGUGCCACCAGAAAGGGGAGGAACUGAAGGGCCACAAUGCUCCGCCAUCACCCUGGAGAGACCGACCCAUCGAGGAGUCUCUGGUGUUGUUCGAGAGGAUGAAGAAGGGCCUGUUUUCUGAAGGAGAGGCUACACUCCGGAUGAAGAUGGUCAUGGAGGAUGGCAAGAUGGACCCUGUGGCGUACCGAAUUAAAUACACGCCGCAUCAUCGGACAGGAGAUGAAUGGUGCAUCUACCCUACUUAUGACUACACCCACUGUCUGUGUGACUCUAUUGAAAAUAUCACACACUCACUCUGUACCAAAGAGUUCCAGGCCAGGCGUUCAUCAUAUUUCUGGCUGUGUAACGCUCUGGACGUGUACUGCCCUGUGCAGUGGGAAUAUGGCCGUCUGAACCUCACCUACACUGUUGUGUCCAAGAGGAAAAUCAUCAAACUGGUAGAGACUGGCGUUGUCAGAGACUGGGAUGAUCCUCGACUCUUCACUUUGACUGCACUGAGGAGAAGAGGUUUCCCACCAGAGGCAAUUAACAACUUCUGCGCACGGGUUGGAGUCACAGUUUCCCAGACGACGACAGAGCCCCACCUUCUGGAGUCGUGUGUGAGGGACGUGCUGAACGAGUCGGCGCCAAGAGCCAUGGCCGUGCUGGAGCCACUCAAAGUCACCAUAACUAACCUUCCUGAGAGCUCAAAGUCAGAUGUACGGGUGCCAGAUUUCCCUGGCAACGAGGCCAAGGGCAGCCACGUGGUUCCAUUUACACACACGAUCUUCAUUGAACAGAGCGACUUCAGAGAGGUGAUGGAGAAAGGCUACAAGCGUCUGACCCCAGAACAGCCUGUCGGUCUAAGACACGCUGGGUCUGUCAUCUCCGUCCAGAAGGUGAUCAAGGAUGCUCAGGGUAAAGUGGUGGAACUAGAGGUGUCCUGCUGCAGUUCUGAGACUGCAGAGAAACCAAAGGCCUUCAUCCACUGGGUCAGCGAGCCAUUGUUGUGCGAAGUGCGCCUUUACGAAAGACUAUUCUUGCACAAACAUCCGGAGGAUCCAUCUGAAGUGCCCAAUGGCUUCCUGAGUGACAUCAAUCCUAAUUCCAUGCACACGAACACCAGUGCCUUAGUGGAUAUCUCAGUCAAAGGAGCAAAAGUUUUUGACAAAUUCCAGUUUGAGAGAGUCGGCUACUUCUCCCUGGACCCCGACAGCACUGCAGACAAGCUCGUCUUCAACAGAACAGUCACCCUCAAAGAAGACCCGGGGAAGAUCUGAUUGACUGAGAUCAAGCCACACGUUUAGCUUCCCAUGAGCCCACAGAUACAUGUCGAAAUUGAUUGCAUCGCCUAAUGUAUAACAUCAGAAAGAACACAGAGGGCUUUGGCUAAGAUUGACUGUAAUAAUUACACGUCCAUAAUCAUAUUCAUUCAACAGAAUUGUGGGAGACAAAGUUCCAUCAGUGAGACUUCUCUCUGUCACAAGCUUGGUCAGUCAGUUUCAGAGUCGGCUUGUUUCUUUUUCUAUACCUGCUGCAAUAAUAAUUCACUUACAGCGUUUCCUCUUUGUUGAAUGUAUGCAACCUUGAUCGUUGUUCAACAAGGAUCUGCUGUAUGCUAAUUUAAUAUCGGCUCUGAGCUGGUGUUACACAGAGGAGAUGCUCUCAAAUGCCAUUCAUGAUUUUCCUAAAAAUGUGGUGAGUCACUACCAAACCACCACGUUUUGUUUUUUAAGACUCAGAGGGGUGCAUGUGUGUCCUUUUUACGGGAAACAAGAAUAAAUAUGACUCAAGAACACUCUG